UGGUCGACAGAUCAUGUCCUGCGGGGGCCGCUUGCUUGCUCGGAGGAUGUCCUGGUGGGACGCAGGGAUCCUCGGCAGAGCAUGCCGUCGCCCGAGGAGAGUCGGUCGGUGGCAUGUCCGUUUCGGGACGCCGCUGCCGCUUCAGGAAACCCGCACGCGCUGGCCCUGGCCGUCGUCGCUGUCUUUGCCCUCCAUCCAGCACGGAGCCAGCACCAGGCCAGCACCGACCCAGCCGCUGGCACCCAGAGGAGACCAUGGCUGUCAGCAAGGCACCCUUCCAGGAUGACAUCGAGGCCGCUCUCAGUGCAUCCAUCAUCGAUGCCAUAGGGCCGUCCUUUGCCGAUAAUGCAGCGACCGUCUCCCAAAUCGCCCUCGAUGCCAUCCGCGCUCACCCGGCCUUCCAACACACCCUCGAGGCUUGGGCCGACAACCGUCCCGCCACCACAGGCUCGGCUUCCCGCGAAAACAUCGUGGCCAAGAAGUUUGGUCUGAAGGAUUCGCUCCUGAGCCUUCCAAGCUACAAGGAUGCGGCUCUCUCUCUGGAGUGGAAGACUCUCGGCACCGAGGCCUUCGGUCGGGCCCAGUGGACCAAGGCUGUCAACUGCUAUACCCAGAGCAUCCGAUUUGCACCGCACGCCAUCUCGGAUGCCGAAUCGCCGACCUCCGCGCACCAGUGCCUGGGAUAUGCCAAUCGCAGUGCCGCCCUGUUCGAGCUUGGACUCUACUCAGAGUGCCUGCAUGAUAUAUCGAUCGCCCUCGACCUGAUGGCCUAUGCCCAUCCCUUCAAGCUGCUCCGUCGGCGGGCCGCCUGCUACCGCAAGCUUCAGGAAAAGGCAAAUCUCCUUGGCAACCCCACCGACGUCCUGCAGCCGUCGGACGAGCUGAUCAACGCCACGCUCAUGUCUGCCCUCGAGAGCGCCCGUGAUCUCAACAACGCCGAUUGGGAGAAGAAGAUCAAGAAGGACAUUUCCGAGGCCGAGCGAGACCGCAAGACCAAGCUCGACAAGGGCCUGGACCGCAUCAAAUCAAAGAACCUCAAGACGGCCUCGACCGUCUUCUACGCCCUCGAAAAGGCGAGGCUCAAGAGCGUCGAGCCCGAGAAGCUGCACAGCCAGCUGGUCGCCAUCGAGUACGAGCCCCCGCAGCGGAAAAUCGUUGCCCAGACGGGUUUGAGCAAGGGCUCGCUGAUCAUCAAGGAGAAGCCGUAUGCGUGGGUGCUGUCGAGUGAAUGCAGUGGCGAACGAUGCGAAUGCUGCGGAAAGGCCCUCGGUCUCGCUCCUGUGAUCUGCAACCAGUGUUCGGAGAGUUGGUUUUGCUCCAGCGGCUGCCGCGACGAAGCCUGGAUCAACUUCCACAGCGCCGAGUGCCAGCGAGCAUUCAUACGAGACCUCGACGAAGUCGCUGUCCUUGCUUUGCGACUCUAUAACCGACUCCACAGCCCUGCGGAACAGCCCUCCAUCACCAAACGGACGGUUGUCAACGAGCCCUACGACGAAGUCUCGACUCUAUCUGCAUCCAAGGGCAGCGCCAACGCCGCGGUUCCCAUCCCUGGAUGCGACGAGUCUGGCGCCUUUCUGGGACAUAGCGACGAGGGGUUCCUCAGCCUGCUCGACCACCUGGCUGACAGGUCGCCAGAGUCGCUUGUUUCGCCUCUGAUCCUCAGCGCGCUCCUGGUUGCAUCGCUGGAUCUCCCUUCAACCGAUGUCGUCGAGUUCAUGAGUAUCUUUGGACGGAUCCAAACCAACUCCUUCUUCGUCAAGGCCAAUGCCUCCUUUGACGGCCAGCCCGGGAUCCACAACGUCAACACCACCACCGACCGCCUCAUCCGCAUCGGUACUGGCAUCUAUCUCAACUCCAGUCUCGUCAAUCACAGCUGCGAGCCCAACGCACUGGUGUCAUUCCGAAACGGCGGUAACGAAAUCAUGAUUCGUCUGGCAUCGAACGUUGAGGAAGGAGACGAAAUCACCAUCAGCUAUGGCCCGUUGGCGAGCCGAUCCAUGACGACCGAUCGCCAGGACUUGACUACCGAGCGCUGGCUGUUCAAGUGCGACUGUCGUGCCUGCCACACCAACGAUGAUACCAAAUCUCGGCUUAUGGGCGGACUGGUUUGCGUCAGCUUUCCCAAGUGCACUGCGCCGGUGGUGCUGCGGGAUGAGUUCUGUCCAUCUUGUGGUGUGUCGCUGGCUGACAACGAUCGGCAUACAAAACUGGCUGUGCUACUUUCCCGCAGCCAAGAGCUUUUUGAGAAGGCUGAGGCCACCACAGACGACGACCAGGCCUUUGAAAUCCUCAUGAGGUGUCUUGGCUUGCGCAAAUCCAUCUGUCAUCCAAGCAGCCAUACUCUCGCACACACCUACGACGCCCUCACAGAGCGGCUGGCUCGACUGGGCAACUUUGACGAAGCCUCCAAGUUUUGCCGCAAGGGCUUGACCAUUCUCUGUCGCAUUUUUGGGAACGACAGCGUUGAGGUCACGCGCGAAUACUUUAAACUGUGCCAGCUUUUGUUUGCCAGUAAACACCCGGAGGCAGCCAUCCAGGUGGUUGAAAGGACCAUUCGUCUGUACGAAACCACUUUCGGCGAAGAAGGAGGAGGCGAGGAGCUGGAGGAACUCAGAACGAUGAAGUCGUAUCUGGAAGAUGUGCUCGUCGACCAGGGCGCCGGCGAUGAAGAGCUGGAUCUCGAGACCCUCAAGGAGAAGGAGAAGCGCGAUCGGCGUCAGAGCAACCGACAGAGCCGAGGCUUCAGUACCUUCUGAACGACAGUUGCCUGUGUUCGCUGCGGUUCCCGUAUGGCCGCUGUGGCCGGAAUACAAGUGCUGUCGAAGCAACGACAGCUCUCUCUAUUGACCGACUCACCCU